GGCGCGGCGGCGGCGCGCGCGCACAUGUGGCGGCGGAGCGUCGCGCGACGAACGUGAGUGCCGCGGUGUCCAUGUGAAGUGAAGUGACAACUGACAUGAUGCUGGGCGGCAUGGACGGCAAGGAGUACGGGGCGCUGCACGCCGCAGCCGCCGCCGCGGGAUAUGCUAUGGAAACCGACCCCAGUGCCGCCGGCAUGGGCAACCCCGGCGUGGCCGGCACGGGCACCCAGCAGUACGGCGAGGUGAACCAGCUGGGAGGAGUGUUCGUCAACGGGAGACCUCUGCCCAACGCCGUCAGGCUCAGGAUAGUGGAGCUCGCGCAGUUGGGGAUCAGGCCAUGUGACAUCAGUCGACAGCUGCGCGUGUCCCACGGCUGCGUCUCCAAGAUCCUGGCGCGCUACCACGAGACCGGCUCUAUCCUGCCCGGCGCCAUCGGCGGCUCCAAGCCCAGGGUCACCACUCCUAAGGUGGUAUCAUACAUAAAGCAGCUAAAAGCGAAGGACCCUGGGAUCUUCGCGUGGGAGAUCCGCGACCGGCUGCUGGCGGACGGCGUGUGCGACAAGUACAACGUGCCGUCGGUGUCCAGCAUCAGCCGCAUCCUGCGCAACAAGCUCGGCGGCGGCGCGCUGUACCCGGUGCCUCCGCUCUACCCCGUGCCUCCGCAGCGGUGCUGGCCUCUGCACCAGCCCUAUGACUACUAUGUUUAUUUACAGGGUCGGCAGCACACGGCAGGCAACCCCCACGCGUUACCGCACCCUCACCAGCAGCCGCCGCCGCCGCACCAUGCGCACGCGCACGCGCUCUGACACGCGCGACUCGCCACCAACCACGACCGGUGAUCAUCACGCCUUGUGGGCUGAUCAUCAGCUGUGAUGUGAUACGUGGUACGUUUAGUGGUGACAGGACACUCGUGCGACUGAGAUUAGUAGCGUAAGAUAGUCAUCACUGCACGACAUAAAAUGUUCACUUAAUAAUAAUGUUGUGAAUGUUUCGUAUUUAUGAGUUUCUGCGGAAUGUGGUGUGAUUGUGGAGUAAGCAAUUUUACCGAAUCCGAAAUUAGUGAUACAUUUAUGAAAAUAUGUGUGAACAUGAAAGAUGCAGAAGCUCAUAAAUAUGAAAAUAAAUCUCACAAAAUAUUCUGCAUAAUGACAGCUGGUCAGAAAAUAUGAGUGUGAUAAAUGCAGUUUAUACUUCAGUUGAAAUCUCUCCAGUUAGAAGUGCAGGGUGAUAUAAAAGUGAAAACUGAUCUUUUAGUGAUAAAUAAUGAUAGUUGUUGAUAAAAAGUAUUAUAUUAUUAUUGUAAAUACGUUAUCACGUGUAAGAUACAUAGAUUUUAUAUUUUCACGCGAGGAUUAAUGUCACAGAUUUAUUUAAAGAAGGCGGAGAUAAUAAACUGGUAGGAAGAUUGUUGAAUGUUUAGCUGAAUAGAUAAGGAUUAAUUAUGCCAUGUAAUGAUUACAUAAUGUACUGUAAUCUGGUGAGAUAAACAGAAAUAGCGUGUGAGGUCACUGCAGUAUAAGCGUCCGUCGGUAGCGGCUCCGACGGAUUAGCGUUCAGCUUAAACCUAAUUACCAAUGUGUAGAUUAAUAUCCUACGUCACAAUGAUAAGUGUCGCUUUUUUAUCAAAACUAAUUAAUCUCCAUCAAUUAUUCAAUCAAAACAGCUUGCAAUAUUUCAGCCUGACAUUCGUUCUCCGACGGAAAACUAAAGAAAACUGCGUGGUUAUCCUCCUUGACUUUGUGGUUUCGGAUAGUUACACUUUGAAAGUUCGCUGUUCAUCAUCAUCAUCAUCAUCAUUAGCCUAUCGCAGUCCACUGCUGGACAUAGGCCUCUCCAAGUGCACGCCACUGAGAUCGAUUUUCGGCUGUUUAGGUAUUCAUUAUAAUAACUUGUAGGUUACUUUUAUUCUGGUAGGGCAAGUUAUUCUAUUGAGAUACCUAUGGAUGAACCUACAUUGCCCAAUAAUAUUCGUUAUCUCUGAGUUGCUUAUAAUUUGUGAUGUUAAUCCUCAAGUGGUUGUAGAUAUUACAUUAGUUAGGGAGUAAGCGAGCGAUGUCAACUAUUUAUGUAAGUGUGCGCGCAAAGAUGUAAAUAUUCUCAAUAAUACGACACACAUGUACUUAUUCUUAUACAUAAGUACCCUAUGCUAAUAGUACAGCAUUUUUAUUUUCUUCUUAAAAUAUUUCAAAACUAAUUAUUUGAAGUGAAUAGUUUGAUAAAUAAUCUAAUAAUUUAACUUUCCAAAAGCAGAACGUUAUUUGUAAGUGAAAUUCAGGAUUUUCUUUUGUUUUGAUAUUCUGCUGUUAGUCUUUUUUCACCAAGAAAUCAAUUCUGCAAACUUGAUGUGAUACCUAUGUCAAAAUAAUGCUGCAAUGAUGUUCACAACAUCCAAUGUGCCUUGCCAUACAGUUACUGAAAACUAAAAUUUUCUAAAAUAUUCAUUGAUUCAUAGAUUAAUAGAAAACUCUAUUUCUCAAACACUACUUCUUAUUUUGUCUAACUUAAAGGCAUUUGUUUAAUCUGUUUGGGAUCACAAGAAAGGUAUUUCAUUAUUAUAUUCAAAAUAGUAAGACUUCAUGUAUGCUGAUCGCGUGCAGAUUAAAUAAAUGUGCCAUUGUGUCUUGGUACUGCCUUCAUGUUAAUAUAGGUAUUUAUAAAAAUAUAAAUCUGUACAAACUAGAUGUUAAACUACUCGAUAUUAUUUAAACAUAGCUUUAUUGGUCAAAGUAUAGAAAAUAAAUUGGUUUGUUCAUACAA